UACUAAUGAUCAUGUGGUUUCAUCUUGUAUUAUUUGUGACCUCAGUCAUCAUUCAUGGCGCCUCUUGUGAGGAGGAAUCAACUGAUGGUGAAUUUGCAAUGAAGUACCUAUCAGACUAUCACUACCUCUCGCCAAGCAGAUCAGGCAACCAUGACGUAAAAACCGCGCUAAAGAACUUCCAGAAAUUCUUUGGUCUGCCUGUGACUGGCGAAUUAGACGAAGAAACUUUAUACCAAAUGAAGAAACCACGAUGUGGGGUCCCAGAUGUUGAUGAAAAUGGCGGGCGUUUGCGCAUUAAACGAUUCAGUACAUGGGGAAAGUGGCGUAAAACAGAUCUCAAGUACUACUUGUCUUUUGGCGAAGACAUGUCAGAAGCGGAUCAGGCUAGAGUUAUGGCUCGGGCAUUUCAAAUGUGGAGCGCCGUUGCAUCUAAGCUGAGGUUUACAAGAACUCUUUCAGUUUCGAAUGCAGACUUCAGAAUCAGUUUUGGUAAAAGAAAGCACUCUGGUGUCCCAGGCGAAAGGCAGUGUUAUUCCGACUUUGAUGGUAAAGGCAAGGUUCUGGCUCAUGCUUUUUAUCCACAAGAUGGUCGACUUCAUUUUGACGAUGAUGAAUACUUCACCGAGACUGGUUCAUGGUGGAAUGGAUCACAGAGCCUACUUUAUGUUGCUGUGCACGAGAUUGGUCACGCCUUAGGACUUAGACACUCUGACGUGAAGGGCACAGUGAUGUGGCCGACUGCAAGUCGAGGUACACCCAAGCUGCAUCAGGACGACAUUGAUGGGAUAAGGUCGCUCUAUGGGUGAUCCCAUAAAUGAUAUCAAGUCACGACAGUGGAAUGCGAAUUCACUUAAUAAAAUGCAUGAUAAAAAAA